AUGGUGUUGGGUGCCAGACCCGCCUCACCUGUCUGCAGGUACCCAGGAGAGGUUGCAGAACUUGAAGCUAAUUUACCUUGUACAUGUAAAGUGCAUUUUCCUGAUCCAAACAAGCUUCAUUGCUUUCAACUAACUGUAACCCCAGAUGAGGGUUACUACCAGGGUGGAAAGUUUCAGUUUGAAACUGAAGUCCCCGAUGCGUACAACAUGGUGCCUCCCAAGGUGAAAUGCUUGACUAGGAUCUGGCACCCCAACAUCACAGAGACAGGUGAAAUUUGCCUAAGUUUACUGAGAGAGCACAUGAUCGAUGGCACUAGCUGGGCUCCCACAUGGACACUGAAGGAUGUUGUCUGGGGAUUAAACUCUUUGUUUACUGAUCUUUUGAAUUUUGAUGACCCACUGAACACUGAGGCUGCAGAGCAUCACCUGAGGGACAAGGAGGACUUCCGGAACAAAGUGGACGACUACAUCAAACACUAG